CGUCUUUGUUGCAUGUCGCAUUUGAAGAGCCGUAUCGAGUUUCCCUUUUUCCGACAGCAGAUGGCACAGCGCGAGUUUCUCUCGGACAUCGCGAAACAGAACGUGGGGUGGGGAUUUCGUGCCGAGGCGGUGCGGUUAAGGGGGGAAAGUCGAGACGAGGUGUCUUUAUUGUGGUUCACCUCGCUUGGGCUUGCUUGUGUAUAUGAAGGGGUUUUAGAAGUUGAAGCUGUUUUGGGUGGAUUUAUGAGAUGAUAUGUUCAUUUAUUCUGUUCUUUUGGGGAAUGAUUGAAGAGGUAGGUGCUGCCGGAUCCUUAAGCACGUCGUCAAGACACUUUCUUCUCAUCGAAGUUGAGGACCUCAUCGUGAGAAGUCAUGUCAACCUUGAGGCAAAAGUCAGUCACAAAGAUCUUCAAAAGAGGUCCUUUUCGGAGUUCUCUGUACUAUAUUCUGUCCAUAGCUCGGGUGCAUCAUUAAUGUCCGACGGCUUGUUCAAAUACUCGACCGUAGGAGGGAGAAAGGUGGGGAUAAGAAGGAACACGAGCCAGGUAGACCGUCCGACCAGACACUAGUCCCGCACAUUACUCUAAUCUUAUCAAUCAUAUCAAG